AUGCCAGUUGUAUUCUAUCGGAGCGUGAGCGAUGGGUGGCGUGUCGGCGUUGCGGCGUCGCUUGACGGAGCGAAUAUAAUUGUCCGCGACGGUCCAAUGGAGGAAACGGUCUCCUCGCUGGACAUUUUCAACCCGCAGGCGUCUGACGCGGGGAGUGAUGCACAGUUGUUACUUCACAUGUCAGACCAACCUUCCGUCUUCUUGCAUACGAAGAAUGCAGCACUCAUGUCGCCGACACCACUUGUUGGUUUGCCGCCUGUCAUAGAGUUAAUUCGCUACCGUGCCGCUAAUGAUGAGUUCUUAACGAGUGUUGGUGACAACUUCUUUGUCUUGUUGGGCGAGGGCAGUUUCACUGGGAGUAAUCCCUCGGGACGUGACAUCGCCCUCAAGGCAGCUCUUGCGUGGAAAGGCUCGCAGAAACACCAGGUGGUGGUAUCAUGUGGCCAUGCGCUGCCCAGUCUUUGUGGAUAUUUUUUGGAUACGUGCUGUGCGCUGUUUGAAGUGACGCCAGUGCGGAGGAGUAUGAUUGCGGCGGGCAUGAAUGUCAUUUCCGCCUUUACAUCCACCAUAGGACGGAAGCAUCUGUGCUACCUGCAGGCACAGUUGUGCAUUAAAGGAGCAUCGCAUCACCAAUUGCAGGAUGUGCGCUUUGAGUGCAACCAUCUGCUUGUUUCUGGCAUUGGUGACACCAAUGAAUUUAAUUUUAAGAUAUUUUCAUACAUUCUGUACGGACUCAGUGACGAAGAGAGAGAACGGCUUUACAUCAACCAAAAGCAGCGAAGCUUUGUCUGUCAGACAAGCAUUCUAGACACUACCCUUGUGGCGCGACUGCAGGAAGAAUACGUCAGCUUCACUCGAGCGACGGAAACCCUUGGCCUCUCCUCCUCCACGCUGCAGGCAAUCUUCAGGCAGGUGGCGGCGGUUGUACAUCUCACCGAAAUGGAAUUUUACGCGGAUGGCACCUUGUCAAAUCUCUCCGCCCUUAGGGGCCUCGCCCGUCUUUUUCAGUUGGACGUUGAGGAGUGUAUAACUAUUUUUUCUUCACGUGCAGUUUGUGUAGCUGCCGCCCGGCUGAUCUACCGAGGCGUUGUGUUGAAGCUGGUAAAGAAAGUAAAUGCCGCCCUCCAAUUCUCUGGGGAGUCGAAGCCUCUGCCGCCCUCCAUCACACUGGUCGCUGUGCCGCCCCCUCCCCCGGCAGAGUCCGUUGACUUGGAGAACAUUUCCCUCGCCACCAUGUAUGAGGAAAUGACGCAAGCUUUUCUUUGUUCAAGUGAUCAUGAGGUGAUGCUGUGGCAACGCGCCGGAUUUCGUGUCCCAGAGAAGCUACAGGAGAUUUUUAAUCCCUUGGAUAAUUAUGGCUUGCUGAAGGUACUGUACGGUCUUGGUGGCGUUCUCUCCGUGGCUCGCACACUGCAGGGGGAGGAAAAGAUGAGAUUGGCUCUGACAAACUGCGCGAAGAGUGCUCAUGUAAAGUUGAAUGCCACCACACUAAUGCUUACUAUCGAACACUCAUUUGGGGCGCGGCAGUAUCAGUUUCCCCGCACUACAGAUCAACUAACGAAGCUGAAGUCCGUAUACCAUGCGGAAUUUACCGACGUGCGUACAUUUCUCCUCGAAAACGCGGAUGUGGAAACACAGGAAACUCUGCACUUAUUGGCACAGACUGAGAAUGGUACCGCGGAACACGUCGUUGGGGAGGAAAUGAUUCACGUGAAACCUUUGCUUGACGUUAUGCGGGACGACAAGAACAUGUUCUGGUGGAUAGGGGGCGUUCAACUUGGCGCGGGAUUUAAUGGCGAUUCUGUUGAGAAGCAGUUGCGGGAGACUCCUCUGCGCUGUGCUCUGGAGUUGCGAAGGCAAAUGCCUCAUCUCUACAUUACAUGUCAGGUUGGUUUUAUCGCCUCUACUUUCAGAAUGCUUUUGCCACCCGCGAACACACAUGCCACUGAGAACUGCAAGGUCGCGGAAGCCAUUCUUUGUGCAGCCGGUGCAACAUAUCACGUGACGCCGGAGGGAUUUCUUGUGGCUGCUGGCUCACUUGUUGAGAUGCAUAUGAAGGUGAAGGAGCAUAUCCAUCGACAUGUGACUCUCAUCCAGGCGUUUGCACGAACACUUUUCUGCGGCAACAAGUUAAAGAAGCGUGCUGGAGCAUGGGGGGAUCUCCUACAAAAAAUUGACCUGCAGCGGAAGAAGGUCACUGGGGAUGAAAAGUACCGGUUUCAAAAUCGUCGAUUGCACCAUGUCCAAUUGCUGGAUCUCAUGGAAGAAGAAAAUACCGCUCGCUCGAGGAUUAGCGAGGAGUGCUGGGGAAAAUACAUUUCUCUGCAGCACUCUUUUCAGGAGCAGAUGGAAAUUCUUUUGGUGCAAGUGGUUGCCUCAUCUAUCCAUAAGGAAGAGAAGCAUCUGCAUUUGGCUAUGCGGCAUAAUCACAAUGAAAAACUCCGUAUGAUUGAAGAUUAUAUUAAGGAGCGUGUCACUAAACACCGAGCCCACUUGGAUAGCGUUAUUGAGGAACAACUAGGAGGCAAAUGCCACCAGAAGUACACAGAAAAGCUUAACAGAGCUCAUGAGUGUCUUCUUCGUGAACGGGAGAAAGGCGAAUUGCGGCGAAAGCAGAUGGAAUCUGCCCUGGAACGCAAGCGGUCCAAGAGCGAAGCAUCGCGCAUGGCACGGGAACAGGAGGUCCAAGAGAAAAACAAGAAAUUAUUGCUUCGCCAGCACCAAUCUCGGGCUGUCCGUGAUAAAAUUCAACAGGCACGUGAUGACUUUAACGAAACUAUCCAGGCACAAAUGCUACUGCAGGACAUGGAGAGCAAAAUCACGCGCCAGGUGAGGGAAGAAGUGAUGUCUUUCCGCCGGCAGGAGACGGAUCGGCUUACGCAACGACUAUGCGAGGAGCGAAAAAGGAGGGAGGCAGCCGCCAUUCAGGCCGCGAAGAUAAAUGAGCGAAGAUCCGUACAGCGUGAGCUUUGCGUACAGCGUACGAAAGAGGUGCAAGAAAGCCGAAGACGACAUGUGAUGCAGAAGCAACUGGACAUGCAGCAGAGGCAGCAACGGGCGGCGGAGCGGUUAGAGAGGGCAAGAGAACAGCAAAGAAGGAAGGUCAUGUGGGAAAUCUUGGGGGCGGAGACUUCUCUUCGGAAGUUGCCGCUCUACGAGCACCGUUCCGGAAAAACAUAUCUCCGCAGAAAUAAGUCUGAUGGCCAACUUAGCGAGCCACUCGUGCUCUCAAGUGGGAAGAAGGCAUACAAGCGGAUUCUUUCCGAGUCAUCGCUGCGCGGAUUGCUCGAGUACCACACGACAAAACCGCGCGCCAACUCGCCGUACCCGUACGCCACACCCAAACGGUAA